GGUUUGUGUACGACAAGCAUGCAUCCAAUCUGUGUGUGCAAUGGCAACAGAAACUCCAUAUGAUGACUCGAGUGACGCCGAAUCAGCUCGAGAUUCUGGUUCGGAUUCCGAAAGUGAUGGAGGAUCGAACCGAAGCAGUAGCAGAAGUGGUAGUCCUGCUAGUCAGCACGGAACAGCACCGACACCCGGCAGAAGUUCAGGUGCAGAAGAUAGAAGUGAUAGUGAAAGUGAGAAGGGCACUGAUGCUGCUUCACCAUCCAGGACUGGUACCGCAGGACAGUAUUCACCGCGAUCUGUGGCUUCUGGAGGUGAUGCUUCUCCCCGGUCUGAUGAAGGUUCCCAGAGCCCACAAUCAAAUGCAAGCAGUCGAAGAUCUGUAGGUUCUGUAAGCCAACAUUCAACACAUUCGCAGCGUACACAGCGCUCAGCAGUUAGUAAUCAGUCUCCACGCCAGUCCCAUGCCAGUAAUCAAUCUCCACAUUCCAAUGCUAGUCAACAUUCCCCCUAUGCAAGCGACCACAGCCGUUCACAAAGUCCACAGUCUGCUGUGUCUCAAAGUCCACGUUCUCAGAGAUCACAGAGUGCUCAUUCGCAACGAUCACAAAGCCCAGAGUCAAGAAGGUCACUGAGUCCACAGUCCAGAAAGUCACGAAGUCCUCAGUCCCACCGUUCUCCAAGCCCACAGUCUCACCGUUCUCCAAGCCCUCAGUCUCACCGAUCUCCAAGCCCACAGUCACAACGAUCUCAGAGCCCACAAUCUCAGCACUCACAAAGCCCUCAAUCCCAGCGAUCACAAAGUCCAGCUUCCCAGAGAUCUCACAGCCCUCAAUCACAGGGAUCACCUGCUGCAAGACGCUCACGAAGUCCACAGUCGCAGAGAUCCCAUAGCCCACAGUCACAAGGUUCUCGGACUCCUCAGUCACGUAGAUCACAAAGUGCUCAAUCUAAUCGUUCUGAAAGUCCACAGUCAAGACCACAAAGUGCACAGUCACAACAUACCCAAAGUUCAAGGAGUCGAAGUGGAUCACCUGCUGCAUCUCCUCGUUCAAAUGCAAGUGGUCAUUCACGAAAGUCACAAGCAGAAUCUGUUCAAAGUAACAGAUCCAGAUCUAGAAGCCGUCCAAAGAGUGUGGUGGAAAAUGGUGAGAAAAGUGAUGAUGAGAAAAGCAAUUCAGCAUCCAACCAUUCAGGUGCUGUAGACCACAAUGACAAGGAAUCAGUGAGAAGCGGAGCUCCUGCCUCAGAUGAAGAAAAGUCUGUUAAAGACAAAAGUGAAGAUGAAGAUGCUGCAAGGGCAUCAAGAAAAGAUGACAGCAGUGAUGAUGAAAGGAAAUCACACAGUGAGAAUGAAAGUACUAUGGAAAAAGACAGGAAACGAAAACGGGCAGUCAUUAGUGAUGAAAGCGGCUCUGAUGCAGAAAUAAAGAAAAAACCAAAAAAGAAAAUAGCAACAGUAGCCUCUGGGAGUGAUGCAAGUGAUGCAGAAGGUGAAAGAAGAAAAGCAGCAAGUGAAGGAGAUGAUAGUGAUGCAGAACCAGGAGCCACUGCUGAGGCACUAUUUGGAGAUGCCGAUGAUAUUAGCACAGAUGAAGAAGCUGCAGCUGAAAAAGCAAAGAAGUCUGAUGAGGACGAAGAGGAGCAGGAAGAAAGACGAAGUCGUGAUGCAGGAAGUGACCAGGAACGAAGAGUAGAUGAUGAUGAUGAAGCGGCUGCUGAAGAAGGAGGUUUACCUGUCAUAGAAGAUGAUGAAGGUGAAAAAGAAGAAGAACCACCACCAGAAACAAGAAUAGAUGUUGAAAUACCAAAAAUUUCGUGUGACUUGGGCCGAGAAAUUCAUUUUGUGAAAUUACCCAACUUCUUGUCUGUAGAGACAAGGCCAUUUGACAGGGAAACAUAUGAAGAUGAAAUUGAUGAAGAAGAGACUUUGGAUGAAGAAGGGCGAGCAAGAUUAAAACUUAAGGUGGAGAACACCAUCCGCUGGAGGCAAACUUUCGAUAAAGAAGGUAAUCUUACUAAGGAAAGUAAUGCAAGAUUCAUUCGAUGGUCUGAUGGCAGUAUGUCACUACAUCUGGGAUCUGAAAUAUUUGAUGUAUACAAGCAACCAUUGCAGGGUGAUCACAAUCAUCUCUUUAUCCGCCAAGGGACAGGUCUUCAGGGCCAGGCGGUAUUUAGAACAAAACUGACAUUUAGACCUCACUCAACAGAGUCAUUCACUCAUCGUAAGAUGACAUUGUCUCUAGCUGAUCGCUCACAGAAGACAUCAGGAAUUAAAGUGUUGUCUCAAGUAGGCUGGGAUCCAGAGCAGAACAAAGGACAGCUCAUAAAGAAAGAAGAGGAACGUCUUCGCGCUUCAAUGCGUAGAGAGAGUAAGCAGAAGAGGAUACGAGAAAGAGGAGCCACUCGAGGUCUAAGCACAAGUUACCUGGAGCCAGAUAAUCGUGAAGAAGAAGGUUCUGAAGAUGAAGGAGCCAUUUCUCUUGCUGCCAUUAAAAGCAAGUACAAGAAAGGUGGUGCAUCAGCAAAAGCCGAUAAACCGCCAAUAUAUUCAUCUGAUGAAGAAGGAUCAGAUUUUGAAGCCAGGCGAGCAAAGAAGUUGGAUAAGGCUAAAGCACUUAAAGAUUCAGAUGAGGAAUCAGAACAGUCGGCAUCAGGAUCUGAACAAGCCUCUGGAUCUAGUUCUGGGUCUGGAGGUGAAGAGCAGCAAAACAAUAAGGAUGAAGACCAGUCUGGUGGAAGUGCCGCUGAUGAUGAUUAACUUUGUAACAGUGAAGCAAGUGCAAAUUCUUGUUUGUAUAUAAUUUUAAGUGAGGGUGAACUUGAGAUGGGCAGCAGAUUAGUGCCAAAGGACCAUGUGAAAUACAUUGACUUUAAAAGACACAAAAUGAGAAUUAUUGAUUGGUACCUUUGUGUGAGGUAUAGGCUAAUAACUGUUUUGACCUUAGUGCUUGUGUUGUUUCACACUGUAUUACUGUGAUCAGUGUUUAAGUUAUAUUUGAUAAACUUUUGUCUGUGGUAUUUUAAUUUCCAAGUUAUCUGACUAUCUUGCUGAAAGUCCACAAAUGACAUUAUGGUAAAAUCUGAAUUGCUAGGAAUGUGAUAACUAUUGUUUUUAUUUAUUUACUAUAUUUGUAUAAGCAUGUCGUGAAGCAUAUUAAUGUGCCCCGUUAAUGAUUUGCAUUGGUUUCUGAAUGUCAUACCAUACUUGAUUGUUUUCAUUCAGAAUAUUUUAUCCCACAGUAGAGCUUGUGAAAAGAUGGUAGUUGUACCAAUUGCAGUGCAGUGUUGGAUAAGUAUCGCAAAAUUUACAGAAUGUUGGAAGCAUACUCCUAGUUUGUCAUACUACUGAAUAUUUUUCGUUCGGUCAAUUUUACUUCAUACAGGCGACUGUGGGUUCUACAGAUUCAGAGCACCAUCUGUUCACAAUGACACAUUCUUGUAGAUCGAAACAUGUAGGGAACGUCAGAUAGAAUGUAAAUAAUAGAGGGUUAAAGGACACCACCCACCGAAUAGGAGAAGGGUUGUCUUGUUGACAGGCUCACACAAGAGAGAAAGGAAUCUUGCUAGCUUUUGGAACAAAUCCUUUAUUAAGCUAGAGCAGGCUCAUCCAAACUGUGCCCCUGGGGCGCUAGCACCUGCAAUCGCCCGAGGCCAGCACCCUGGUCGAAUUCGUAUGUUGUUGCAGUGGCCAAGUCAUGUCGCUUAGCUGACAGUGCGGUCUGCUCGCCGCGCCUCGCCAUGCUGCUGUAAGUGCACUUCGUACGGAAGACAGACUGCCUCGCCAGCAGAGGUCAAAAGCAUUGAUACGACACAAAGCCAUCAGUCAACAGUCAUAAGGUUACAGUGGAUCGAUAUGGAUGGUCAACAGCAGCAAACAAAAAAGAGGAGCAGCAUGUUUGCACUAUUUAAACCCGAGUGAGAAAUUAAUUUCUUUUGUACUGCUGUCCAAAAUCAUGCCAAAUGUUUAUUAUGUCAUCAAAACCUCAUGUAUUUAAAAAAAGUACUCUAUUAAAUGGCAAUUUAAUACCUGUCACAAAGAUCAGUUAGAAAAUUUGUACAAAAGGAACACCUGUCAAGGCUUGAAGAACUAAAAGAAAGUUUCAAGCAGCAUUACAGAGAAGGAAGUUCCUAUUGUAUAUCAGAUUGUCAGCAACAAGGAAAACUUCUUUUCAGUUAAUUUUUAUAUUUGGGCUGCAUUAAAUUGCAUUGCGAAUUAUCAGAAGAGUUUGAAAACAGAUUUUUAGAGAUAAAUGAGCUUCAAGCGGCCUUAGGUAUAUUUGUUUGCCUGUUUUCCCUUCAGGCAGAGGACGUCUCACAAUUGUUUCAACUAGAGCUGAUUGACCUGUAGUAAAAUACCCACCUGAAGGACCGCUUUCUUACGUAUACAAUUUUGGAUGAUGUUUACAGCUGUUUUCCAUGAGAGAAGUAUCCUCUUUUUUUCACAUGCACGCGGCCAAAGUUCUCUCAAUGUUUGGUUCCAUGUGUAUUUGGAAGCACUUUUUCUCCCUUUUAAAGCUUGCUAAAACUAAGAAUUGUUCACUACUUAAUGAUCAAAAUUGGACAAAUUCUUGGAGAUUAGCAGUCUCCCGGAAUAUUAUACCAAAUCUGGACAAAAUCAUUUCCUCGCAAAAGAAAAAUGUGUAAAAUGUUAAUUGUCUUCUUUAACGAUGUUGACUGUGAGGAUUAAAGGUCUUUAUAACCUUAAUUCUAUUUUUUAAUAAGUUUACAAAUUUGGUCAGUUGAAAUUAUUGCGCACAAAACAGCAAACAAACAAUGCGAUAUAUAAACUCUGAAAAGGGAUACAAAAAUCUGCAGCACGAAGUAACCCUGCAACAAAAAAUAUUUACUUGUAACUACUAACAGUAAGAAUGAGACUCUAUAUCCCUUACGCAAAAUUAUCUCUAAAAUAGAAUAUUUAUGGCACUAGUUCAUUUAAGAAAUCGAUAUAUCUUUCAGGAGAUGUCUACUUUACAUAUGACGAGUGUGCAUGUGCAGUUCAAGUAGAAUCAACCUAAGGGUCAGAAAACUACUAACUUGUUCUUCGAUUCUUAUUUUGGAUAUUGUUUUCUGAAGCUUUGUGUUGUAACACACACACAAAAAGCGUGCACUCACCAUGCCAGCUGGAUACAAUGCUGGGAUUGCAUUGUUGUCAGGUGGAGUGGAAGGAGAGAGAAGCGGUAGGCAAGAAGAGGGGUUGGGGUUGGGUGGCUAGUGACUUUGAGGGAGGCAGCAAGUUUGCAGAGUAGAAAUGUGGAAGGGAGGGGUAGCAGGCAUGCAGCCUAGGCAUGUGAUGAAUGCGUAGAGUCCACACAGGUUAUGAUGCCCAAUGCUCAGUGAUCAGUUUUUAUCCAAAGCACUGGACGAGUUUAUUUGAAAGGGGAGGCCAAUAGUGUUUGCUCCCUUUCGGCCGGUCGUCAAUGUUAGAAUCAAGACACACAAGAUGCGAUCUUUCUUAAAGGAUGUAACAGAAUGUGUUCAGUAAAAAAAAAAAAAAAAAAAAAAAA